CACUUCCGGGCUGUUGUGGAGGGAAGUGGAAGGAAGUUCCGCGCUUGGUGGGCGCGCAGUCCGGGGCUGGGUCCUAGCGCGCGUCGAUUUCGUAGCCUGGAGAGGCGGUCGGGGUGGGAGGGAGAGUCCGCACCCGAGAGGUGGAAGAGGACGGGCUUUAGGCUGGAAGAGCGUUAGAGGAGCAAUCUUCCAGGAUGGCUGAUUUGGUUUUGUGUGAACCAACAGAGCUUUACAACAUCUUGAAUCAGGUCACAAAACUAUCCAGAUUGACUGAACCCAACUAUCUUUGUUUAUUGGAUGUGCGUUCCAAACAGGAGUAUGAUGAAAGCCAUGUGAUUACGGCCCGUCGGGUGAAGAAGAAGGCAAAUGAAUAUCUUAUCCCGGAGUCUGUGGAUCUGGAGUGUGUGAAAUACUGUGUGGUGUAUGAUAACAACACCAGCUUCCUGGAGAUCUUAAAACACGACGAUGAUGAUGACAGCUCUGACGAGAGCAGACAAGGACCGGUGCUCGGAGCUGCCAUUCAGUGUGGCAAAGCCCUCACCCACCUCACCCGCCACCCCAUCCGUAUCCUGAAGGGGGGCUACGAGCGCUUCUCGGCCAUGUACCACUUCUUCCGGACACAGAAGAUCAUCUGGAUGCCACAGGAACUGGAUGCAUUUCAGCCAUACCCUGUUGAAAUAAUGCCAGGCAAGAUCUACCUGGGCAAUUUCAGGCAAGCCUGCGACCCUAAAAUUCAGAAGGAUUUGAAAAUCAAAGCACAUGUCAAUGUCUCCAUGGAGACAGGGCCGUUUUUUGUAGGUGACGCUGACAAGCUUCUGCACAUCCAGAUAGAAGACUCCCUGGAAGCCAACCUUUCCCCCUUUUUACGCCACCUCUGUCACUUCAUUGAAAUUCACCUCGAGCUUGGCUCUGUCAUCCUCGUGUUUUCCACCCUGGGCAUCAGCCGCAGCUGUGCUGCCGUCUUGGCCUAUCUCAUGCACCAGAAUGAGCAGACCUUGAAGAGGUCCUGGGCCUACGUCAAGAAGUGCAAAAACAACAUGCGUCCAAAUCAGGGCUUGGUGACUCAGCUGUUGGAGUGGGAGAAGAUAGUCCUCGGAGACGUCGUCACAGACAUCUUGGAGCCACUCUACUGAGCUUCUCUGUGGCCCAGCUAUGAGUCCUGAAGAACCCUGCCUGGGGGCUUCUUGUGGGUAGUGGGCCAGGGUGUGUAACCAGAUUGAUGUGGAAGGAGGAGGCCUUUGCUGCCUGGAGCCUCAUGUCAGCCUCCUGCAGUGGUUCUUCCCAGGCUACUCGUUGACCCCACAUAGCAGGUGCACUCUGUUCAGACUCAGGGAGAACCCCAUCCCUGGGGCAUCCUGGACCACCCCUACCGUACAAC